UUCCGCCCUUCUCCCUAGGUCCCUGAACUCCGUCGGAGUUGGGUGGGUCUCGGCGGCUGCGGAGACCGUGACAGUGACAGGGGGAAGCGAUGGCCAUGGCGAUGUCGGACAGCGGGGCGAGCCGCCUGCGGCGGCAGCUGGAGUCGAGCGGUUUUGAGGCGCGGCUGUACGUGAAGCAGCUGUCGCAGCAGUCGGACGGGGACCGGGACCUGCAGGAACACCGGCAGCGGAUCCAGGCGCUGGCCGAGGAAACGGCGCAGAACCUGAAGCGCAAUGUGUACCAGAACUACCGGCAGUUCAUCGAGACGGCGCGCGAGAUCUCCUACCUGGAGAGCGAGAUGUACCAGCUGAGCCACCUGCUCACGGAGCAGAAGAGCAGCCUCGAGAGCAUCCCGCUCACCCUGCUCCCCGCCGCCGCCGCGGGAGCCGCCGCCGCCGCCGGGGCCGAAGAAGGCGGCGCCGGCGGCCCCGGAGGUCGAGACCACCUCCGCGGCCCCGCCGGCUUCUUCUCCGGCCACGGAGGCGCCGCCCGGGACAGCCAGAGUGCGGGCGAGGAAGGCAAGCAGCGGACGCUGACCACCUUGCUGGAGAAAGUGGAGGGCUGCAGGCACCUGCUGGAGGCCCCCGGGCAGUACCUGGUCUACAACGGAGACCUGGUGGAGUAUGAGGCGGACCACAUGGCUCAGCUGCAACGGGUGCAUGGUUUUCUCAUGAACGACUGUCUGCUGGUGGCCACCUGGCUGCCCCAGCGCAGGGGCAUGUAUCGCUACAAUGCCCUCUACCCCCUGGACCGAUUGGCGGUGGUGAAUGUCAAGGAUAACCCGCCCAUGAAGGACAUGUUCAAGCUGCUGAUGUUCCCCGAGAGCCGAAUCUUUCAGGCGGAGAAUGCCAAGAUCAAAAGGGAGUGGCUGGAAGUGCUGGAGGAAACCAAAAGGGCCCUCAGCGAAAAAAGACGGAGGGAACAGGAGGAGGCGGCAGCUCCGCGGGGCCCACCCCAUGUUUCUUCCCAGGCCACAAACCCGUUUGAGGAUGAUGAAGAAGAGGAGGAGCCUACUUCCCCGGAGGUUGAGGAGAAAGUGGACUUAUCAAUGGAAUGGAUCCAGGAGUUGCCAGAGGAUCUGGAUGUCUGUAUUGCCCAGAGGGACUUUGAAGGGGCAGUGGACUUGUUGGAUAAGUUAAACCACUAUCUGGAGGGCAAGCCGUGCCCACCUCCUGUAAAGGAGUUGAAGGCCAAAGUGGAUGAGCGAGUCAGGCAACUCACUGAAGUGCUAGUCUUUGAACUUUCCCCGGAUCGUUCUCUAAGAGGUGGUCCUAAGGCCACUCGAAGGGCAGUUUCUCAGUUAAUACGACUUGGCCAGUGUACCAAGGCUUGUGAACUGUUUCUGAGAAAUAGGGCAGCAGCUGUGCACACUGCCAUUAGACAGCUUCGAAUUGAAGGUGCCACUUUACUCUAUAUUCAUAAAUUAUGCCAUGUGUUCUUCACCAGCCUUCUUGAGACUGCUAGGGAGUUUGAGACUGAUUUUGCAGGCACCAACAGUGGUUGCUACUCUGCCUUUAUUGUUUGGGCCCGUUCAGCUAUGGGCAUGUUUGUGGAUGCUUUUAGCAAGCAGGUAUUUGACAGCAAAGAGAGCUUGUCUACAGCAGCUGAGUGUGUAAAGGUGGCUAAGGAACAUUGCCAGCAAUUGGGUGAUAUUGGGUUAGACCUUACUUUCAUCAUCCAUGCUCUCUUGGUGAAGGACAUCCAAGGGGCUUUGCACAGUUAUAAAGAAAUUAUAAUUGAGGCCACCAAGCACCGAAACUCUGAGGAAAUGUGGAGGAGGAUGAACUUGAUGACUCCAGAGGCCUUGGGGAAACUCAAAGAAGAGAUGAAAAGCUGUGGGGUGAGCAAUUUUGAGCAGUACACAGGAGAUGACUGCUGGGUGAACCUAAGCUACACAGUAGUGGCCUUCACUAAACAAACUAUGGGCUUCUUGGAAGAAGCUCUGAAGUUGUAUUUUCCAGAGCUGCAUAUGGUGCUUCUAGAGAGUCUGGUGGAAAUAAUUUUGGUUGCAGUUCAACAUGUGGAUUACAGUCUUCGAUGUGAACAGGACCCAGAAAAGAAAGCCUUUAUCAGACAAAAUGCAUCCUUUCUAUAUGAAACAGUCCUCCCUGUGGUGGAAAAAAGGUUUGAACAAGGUGUAGGGAAACCUGCCAAGCAACUCCAAGACUUGAGGAAUGCAUCUAGACUUAUUCGAGUAAAUCCUGAAAGUACAACCUCAGUGGUCUGAUACACAGCACUUGUAUUUUUUUGUCCCAGAGAGGUCUGUUUGUCUAUAUACAGCAUCACUAGUAUAUUAUUUAUAUAACACAUUAAAAUCUUUAUAUUCCAGAACAUAGUUUAAAAAAUAAAAGUGAAAAAGGUCAUCUCUUAUGUACGAGUUCAAGAUGAGAAUGUGAAGAAUGAAAAAAUGGUGAAAUUUUAUCAAAGGAGUAAAAAACCAUUAAGAUAAUUUGAACUCAUCUAAUAUAUUCUUUAAUUCCCCCAAUUCCUUAUAGAUUGUUGGUCAUACCACAGUACUAUAUUUCAUGAUCCUAGGGGCCAAAUCACAUUUAUUGUAUUUGUGUGGUGUGUAUUUAUGCAGCACAGAGAAAUAUCUAUAAUUUCAUGCAAAUCAAACAUAACACUUUAUUUCCAAGUUCUGUAAGUCACUAGAUUACCAGAAGAAUAUUCUGUGUAUCUUCCAAGGUAUAGUGCCAUAUAAAAUAACUGUUAAUCUAAUAUGCUUCCCUUUUUAAAAAAAAUGUGAUUUAGCUAUGUGGGUAGAGUCAAAAAAAUUAGCAAAUUUAACCUUAGGGCAAGUUUCAGGCAAAAAUGUUUAAGACACCGGUUUAGUUUGUUGAAACUGUAAGAGUAUGCCAAUUAUUUUAAUGUAUUAGAAGGAAAAGAGUUAAUAAAAAUAAAUAGUACAGUUAAUUUUGUUAGCACAAUUUGAAUAAAUGUACAUUUAGUUAUUUACUAUCUUUUAAAAAUCUGCUUUGGAAAAAAUGCUUGGAAAAUCAAAGUGCUAUGACAGUCA